AUGCGUGACCUUAGAGCAAUGAAUGAACAAGCUUGGGGAGCGGCUGCAUUGUCAUAUUUGUAUACUUGUUUAUGCCGUGCUUCGUUGAGGAAAACGAAGGAUGUUUGGGCUUGGGAGCGCAUUAUACCGAUGCAGCCACCAUGCAGGGCUCUUCCGCCACACACGGCUCUUGCACGAAGGUGGACUCAUCGUAAAUCCCACGAAAAUGAGGCACGUGAUGUUUUACCCAUAUUUAUGCUUAUGUGGCAGCCUUAUUCAGAGGCCAUCAUCAACAGACUCCCUGAGUGGUGUCUGCGUGGCCGAGAUAUUUGGAUGGCGAAAGUUCCCCUUAUUUGUGGGAUCUAUCGAGAGUGGCACAUGGUAGACCGCGUUCUCAGACAGUUUGGUAGGAAGCAACAUAUUCCGGGUCCAUGUGCAGAGAUUGAUCCUUUUCAUUACAAACGUGACAAGCGGUAUGCUAUAAAAGUGGAGGAUCAAGAAUAUUUUACAGAAACAGACUUUUUGUGGGGAAAUCGUCGAGAUAGUUUAAUUCAGGCCGAGUAUGAAACUCAAGAUCCACAGUCACUAUCAGAGUAUUUUUGUUGGUAUCGACGUCACUCGCGCACUUUCAUAGGAAAUCCUGCGCAUAAAGUGGAUAGAGGAUACCAACACAUGGCAGGCAGGCAUGAGGCACUGGCUUUAGGACAUCAAGAAUCAUACAGGUUGGCUCAGCAGACUAUCCAAGAUCCAACCAAGUCUAAUGAAGUGAAGGAAAUAGCAGAGAUGUUUAGCCACAUUAAUACAGAGUCCAUGGCUGCUGCCUCUCUGGGGACGAUGUUGAGUUUCGCUCCAUAUUAUACACCACCGGCAGAGUAUGUUGAGCCGCCUACUAUGCAAGUGCCUCGUCAUCAACGUCCUAAUGUACCAAGACCUGCGGCGCGUGGUAGAGGACGCCAAUCAGGUAACAGACGGGGUCGAACUCCCGUGGAUCACCAGUUGGUUGAUGAGGAAGAGGUUCGUUUUGAUCAAGAUAUGCCCAGCUCAACGAUGCAUGCAGAUGAUGAUGCAUAUCACCCAAUAAUAGAUUUUAUGUCCAGCUCAUCGACGUCAGCUCCCGAGGUUCAAUCACCAGCGGUAAUCAGAAGUGAGGGGCCUUUUCAGACAUUCGCAUCGUCUGGGCCUAUUAGCCUGGCAGUUAUGGCCCAACAGUUUAGUGGUCAGACAAGCAGCUCUUAUGGGAUGACUGAGGGGCCUUUACCUGCAUUCACUGGACAGAGCUCUUCAAUUGGGAGGAGACUGAGUUUUACCGAUUGGUAUGUGGAAGGCAGGCAAAGCGGAUCUCCACCACAGUUGUCUGACGGAUGA